UGGGAAGAGGAGAAGAAGGAAGAUGGGGUAAAGUGGACCCAACUGGAGCACCGAGGACCCUACUUCGCCCCCCUCUAUGAACCACUGCCUGAUGAUGUGCAGUUUUAUUAUGAUGGCAAACCCCUGAAGCUGAGCUUAGCCACGGAGGAAAUUGCCACCUUCUAUGCUAAAAUGCUUGAUCACGAAUACACAACCAAGGAGAUCUUCCAGAACAACUUCUUCAAUGACUGGAAGAAGGAGAUGACCUCAGCGGAGCAGAAGAUAAUCAAGGAUCUGGACAAGUGUGACUUCAGGGAGAUCCACAAGUACUUUGUGGACAAAAGUGAGGCACGGAAAGCACUCUCCAAAGAGGAGAAGCAGAAACUGAAGGAGGAGGCAGAUAAGAUCCAGGAGGAGUAUGGGUACUGCAUCCUUGAUGGGCACCGGGAGAAAAUAGGCAAUUUCAAAACUGAGCCACCGGGGCUUUUCCGUGGCCGUGGUGACCACCCCAAAAUGGGCAUGCUGAAGAAGAGGAUCAUGCCAGAAGAUGUUGUCAUCAACUGCAGCAAGGACUCCAAGAUCCCUGAGCCUCCAGAAGGGCACAAGUGGAAGGAGGUGCGCUUUGACAACACGGUUACCUGGCUGGCCUCAUGGACAGAAAACAUCCAGAACACUUUGAAGUACAUCAUGCUGAACCCCAGCUCCAAGCUGAAGGGAGAGAAGGACUGGCAGAAGUAUGAGGUAGCCAGGCGCUUAAAGGAUGUUGUCCACAAAAUCCGUGCUCGCUACCGAGCUGACUGGAAGUCUAAGGAGAUGAAGAAACGACAAAGAGCAGUGGCCCUCUACUUCAUUGAUAAGCUGGCCCUGCGAGCUGGCAAUGAGAAGGAGGAAGGGGAGACUGCAGACACGGUUGGCUGCUGCUCCCUGCGUGUGGAGCACAUCAAACUGCACCCCAAGCUGGAUGGGCAGGAACACGUGGUGGAGUUCGACUUCCUUGGGAAAGACUCAAUCCGUUACUACAACAAAGUGUCGGUGGAGAAGCUGGUGUUCAAGAACCUUCAGCUGUUCAUGAAGAACAAGGACCCAGCAGAUGACCUCUUUGACAGGCUCAAU